UGACUUCACUGCUCAUAUUAUUAUCCGAACUUGCCAGUCUGACAGGCCUCGUCCUUUGCCAGCACCAGCACUCGCUUUCUCACUCAUGCCUGUGUGACAGAAGGCUCAUCUUGUUUGCCUUUCACACGUCGCUCCGCCGCACGUUUUGCCGUUCAACAUCAUCCGUUGCCGCGCUUUACAAAUACAACCGAAAAUGUCGUUCCUGGGUGGCGCCGAAUGCAGCACGGCGGGCAACCCGCUCGCGCAGUUCGCUAAGGUCGGGCAGCAGGAUACGUCUUUGCAGAGAGACCGCCUGGUGGGUCGAGGACCCGGUCUGCAAGAAAGCAUGCGAAGCCAGCAAGCAGGACCUCAAGAUGGGAUGAUGGACGAGUUCAUGCAGCAGCCGGCGCAGAUGCCCGGCGCACCAUCGCCCUUUGCCAUGGACGGCCUACGGCAAGAGCUGGGUCGUAUGUCGCAACACAACGGCUCCGGUGCAUGGGCUGCCGAGUUCGACCCAGGGAUGCAACACAACAUUCAGCCCCAGAGUCCUGGAUUCAACCCUGCUGAAUUUGCACGCUUCCAGCAAGCGAGUGCCGCACAGCGAACAGCUAGUCCCAUCACUGGCCAGCAAUCGACGUACCAGCCAUCGAUGUACAACAACAUGGUCUACGGCGGCAUGGGCAUGAUGGGGAUGCAGCGGGCUUUCUCGCCCAUGUACCAGCCUCAGCAGAAUAUGGAGCCCGUGCAUGCUCAAGGCAAGGGCAAAGGCCGCAUGAUCGAGCUCGACGACGAAAAGUGGGAGGCCGAAUUCGCGAACCUCGAAAAAGCAGACCAGCUCGAUGAGGAGGCGAACAAGGCCAUCGAGGCGGAGCUCAAUGAAAUGGACAGGUCAGUAGAUCCUCAAUUAGACUCUCAAAUCGAUGACUUUGGCGACUUUGAGAACAUCUGGAAGGGGAUUCAGGCUGAGGUUGCAAAUGCUAGAUCGCUUGUCGAGGACGAGGAGUGGAUCGAGUCCAUGAAUCAGAAGGGCGCGUGGGACAACUUCGAUGACAUGGGUUACCACAUGUAUGAUCGGGAUCCGCAUCUCGGGGACUAUCUGUUUGAGCAGAACAACCCUUUCAUGGACACGUUAAAUCCGUUUGAUGAGGGCGUGCAGAUUAUGGAUUCGGGAGGAAAUCUCUCUCUCGCCGCGCUGGCCUUUGAAGCUGCAGUCCAGAAAGAUCCUACCCACGUCGCUGCUUGGGUACGACUUGGUUCGGCACAGGCACAAAACGAAAAAGAGACUCCUGCUAUUCGAGCAUUGGAGGAAGCCAUCAAGCUGGACCCAAACAAUCUAGAGGCUCUGAUGGGUCUGGCUGUCUCGUACACGAACGAAAACUACGAAGCUACCGCCUACCGAACAUUAGAGCGAUGGCUAGCCACCAAGUAUCCUGACCUCAUUACGGAGCCACUUUCGGAGGCUGCAGAGAUGGGCUUUACCAAUCGUUCCGAGCUCCACGAGAAAGUCACGAAUCUUUUCAUUCGGGCAGCGCAGUUGUCUCCUUCGGGCGAGACUAUGGAUCCAGACGUCCAAGUCGGCCUUGGCGUCCUUUUCUACUCUGCAGAUGAGUUUGACAAGGCUGUGGACUGCUUCGAGGCUGCGCUCGCGUCGACAGAGGCCGGUGUCGUCAACCGGGAGAACAACCUGCAUCUUCUGUGGAACAGACUGGGCGCUACUCUGGCCAACUCUGGCCGCAGCGAGGAUGCCAUUCAUGCCUACGAACGUGCUCUGGAGCUGAGGCCAAACUUCGUCCGUGCACGGUACAACCUCGGGGUGUCAUGCAUUAACAUCGGUGUCCAUGAGCAGGCAGCGGGCCAUCUUCUUGGUGCCUUGUCCAUGCACCGAGUUGUCGAGGCUGAGGCACGACAGAAGGCCAAAGAAAUCGUUGCUGGCUCCGGAGGUGCCGAUGGCGUCAGUGAAGCCGAGGUUGACCGGUUGCUCACGCAAAAUCAGUCCACCAACCUGUACGACACCUUGCGGAGAGUCUUCAAUGCCAUGAACAGGAGAGACUUGAGCGAUCUUGUUGGUCCCGGCAUGGACGUUGAGCGUUUUCGUGGAGAAUUUGAAUUCUAAGACGCUAUUUCGAGAGGCGGACACCUAUGGAGGUAUGGAUGAGUACGUCAGGCAGUGGCAGCGGGACGAUGUUCUUCAAGCUGAAAAGAUAGCGAAAACAGAAUCAGGGCUCCAGACGCUUGGUCCUCGACCCGAUGUUGAGGAUUGGGUACUGGACCGCGGACAGUGGAAUGAAAGAGGGCAUGCUGAACGCUCAGAUAGAUGGUACGAUAUUCCGAUGGACUAUUUCUGCAUAAAGGGCAGCAGAGGAGAAAAUUUAUGAUUUCGCCGGGCUUAUGUAUAACGCGGUGUAAUUUGGGUUCCGAAAUAAUAGAAUUUGAGGCCUACAAUUGGAAAUCUCUCGAAUCAAA